UAAAACCCCAAUCUCUCACAUUCUUCCAACGACUCAAAAACCUCUAAAUACCAUCUUCAAUGGCCACUCCACUCCAACAACAAACCUCCAACACCUCCCAUCCCCCCAAACCCAGAGCCGGCAGAAAACCCGGCCCCAAAAACCCCAACCAAAAGAAACCACCCCAGAGAGGCCUCGGCGUCGCUCAGCUCGAGCGCUUAAGGCUUCAAGAAAACUGGAAGACUGUUACUGAAAUCUCCCCUCCCACCUUCCUCCUCCACAACACUUUACCCAAUUUCCCCCUCCACUUUCCCCCCGCCCCUCCGCCUAUCCUUCAUACUGACUGCAUAGCCGCUGGCGCCGGCGCUGUUUUGGGCUUUGACCAUCACGGUUUCGUCGUUCAGAGGAUCGGAAACAAUGGUGGGUUUCUCCCAGCCGGUGGAGUUUUGAUUGGGAAUACCAGCGUUGAGGCCUCCCGAGAGCUCUCUUCAAUCCCAAAAUUGCCGCUGGCGUGCGAUUCCGAUCGUUGCGAUCAUUGCUUCAAGAAGAAACGAGUCAACUUCAGCAACAGAAGGAAAGAAAAGAAUAUAAUCGCCGCCGCUGCAGAAACGCCUAGUUUCGAUUUUCUCGGACUGGGUACCAAUUCGACCGCAGAAUUAAACACCCACAGCGUUAUGAAUCAUCACACAGAUUCCGGUUGGGAUUUGGAUUAUGAUUUCAGUUUAAAUUUGAAGCAGGUUCGGGGCGGCGGAGGAGAUGGUGGUGAAGGGAGUAAAUUAAUGGAGUAUGAAUUUUUUCCAAGGAAAAAUGGCAGAGGCACAGAGAUCGAGGAACUGAAAAUGCCAAAGGAAGAAUUGAGUUUAUUUAGAGAAGAAAAUGAAGAAGAAGAAGAAGAAGUACUGGCAAUGGAUCAUGGAGAAGGUUCUUGUAUUACAACAAGCUGCAAUGAUAUCAUUAAUGGGGGUACCAGAAAUUCCACUGCUCUUGAUUUGUCUCUCAAGCUUUCAUUUUAG